AUGCAUCACAACUUCAAUAUCCAGAAACAGACUCUCAGUUCUCAACAACGGGAACGACAAUCGCAACCAAAUAAAUGGGAUUCAAAGGAUGCCUACACUGCCGGUGCCUCAGCUAUAGUCUCACCGCCUCCUCCUUGGAUCAGGGAUUUGAAAAUCAAGAACAGAGAGAAGUUAAUCGAUAUCGUCAAUAGCGGUGCCAAUGGUGUGCCAAACGGCAAGUUUGACGAAACAUCUGAAAAGUUUGUAAACUCUGUAAACUCUUUGACGAAUAAAGUUUUGGCGACGAGUGAUGCCUGUUAUGUAUCAUCUGAUGUAAAAUCUGGUAAAACAAGUAUAGGGAGCUCUACUAGUCCUACGACAACACCACUCCAACCACUUGUCAGACAGAGUGAAGUCAACGGAGCGUUGAGUGAGAGCUGGUGCCAGAGCUGCCAGAGUUGCCAGUCUUGCCUGUUGUGUAGCAGUGAGUGCCACCACAACCACUACCAGACAGACUACGUGCCCAUCCAUUGGGAAUCUGGUUUUCAUGCCAAGAAGUGUAAGGCUGUUCACCUCAACAGCGCCAGCAGUGGUGGUGUAAACGUCCCGAUUGUGCGAUCCGUUAGUUCAUCAGUAGUAACCGGUCGGUCCUGUAGUCGAUGUUUGGUUAACACUUGUCUCGACUGCUUAAAGCACUUGAAGACCACUCUUUCUGUGUCUGACUUCGCGUCCAAUGACUGCCCAAACAUUUCAAACAGUAUUACUAUUAAUACUCAACCAAACGGCAAGUGUUGCACAUCUGGCGGCCGACUCGCCGCUCACGAGUGCGCCGAUCAGCAGAUAAUACCAGGACUUGUGGCCCAACGCAAGAUCGAAAUACUUCAGCGACAAGUGAGUGAGUCGUCGUUCUUCGGCCAUCCGUGUUGUGUUUGUGGCAACACUUCCAAUGAUAUCAACGCCAGUGUUUCAGUUACAGAGAAAAUGAUUGGCGAUAAAAGUCGCGACAAAAGCGAUUACAUUGACACUCAAAGACAUAACCAUCACUACGAAGUGAUCAUGGAUUCGGUCCAUAAAGUGGUUGGUAAAAGCAAUGGUCAUCCGGUAGGCAAUGGUAAGGGCGGGGAUGAGGGCGAGUAUGAGUAUCAAUACGGACCCGGAAUUGUCCAUAAGUUGAAGCAUAAGUUUAUGACAAUUUCAACGCAACAGCAAAACAAUCACUCAAUUCAUAACCGAUUGAAACGCUUUUCAAGUUUAGAAAACAUAUCGUUGACUAAUAAUAACGAUUCGACUCAUUAUCCGCUGCCAAACCAUUGCCAGCACCUGAACCACAACCACCACAACAGCCAAAAGCCUUCAUUAAAGGCCAAUGAAAUGGUUUUACCUUUAAAUGGCAAAAACGGCGCACAAACUGUCGGAUCAGUUACUGAUUCAGGAAACAGAGCGAACGGAAGCCAACAACUAUCCCAACAGCGGCUGUAUAUUCAACACCACAACAGCAAAAAUCUAUACAACAGUCGCUCUUCAGCCGCCGUCCCGGCCAUCAAGAGAGCCAAAAGUAUGGAAACUUUGAGCGUUAUUCAGGACGACAGUGAAAGGGGUCGCCAACCCUUGAACUCCACUCCUAAUCACCAGUUGUUAUCACCAAAAACAGAAACACCUCUCACUAAUCAAACUGAUUUACAACAUAUACUCAAUGAUAAUGUUUUGAUUCAAAACAGUCGUCAAGAGAGUCAUAAGAGUCAGAGAAACGCUGCCAACGGAGGAGCCGUCAGUCAAUCAAUCGACAUGAAAAGUGUUGGUAAUCGCAGUAAUCAUAAUAAUAUUAACAACACUAAGACCUCCACCGAUGACGAACUGCCCAAACCUGAUACCGUCAAGACAUUCAAGAAGAUCUUCGAACCCGUCGGCGCAUCUCUCAAGACAACGACGACUGGCGAUGAGAUUAAUGGCAAAAUAAGUGCUAAUCAUAUGAAUAGUAGUAAUAAAUUGAAGAAUAAUUAUAAGAAAAGCCAAAUGAAUGGCUCGAGUGUUGCGAAUGUGAAGAGAAAGCCUCCAGUGAUUCGUGCGACCAAUCGAUCGGUUCAGCAAAAGUCUUUGCAACCCAUCUCUUCCACCCUUCCAGUCAACUCUUCGCCAACGAUUAAAUCCCAGUCAUCGCAGUCUUCAGUAUCUUCUUUACCUCAAGUGAUCCAUACGACACCUUCGGUUCCAAUGCCGGCCAAUCGGUCCACUAUUCCUAAGCCCUCGGAUAACGACAAGAACAACAAUAGCAACAAAAGUGCCAUUAAUUCCAAUACGAGUUCCAUUGGUUCCAGUGUUCAGCGAAAGCCACCGAUUGCUCCGAAAAGAGCUUCGCUGACACUGAAAGCCAAUCCAUUGACAGGUAUGAGCGCUGCGGCCAUUCAGAAGCAAAUGAAGCCAAACGGCACUAACGCUACCAAUAAUUGUAAUAAAGUUGCGAAACAUCUCAAUAAUAAUCAUUUCUCUGCAGACAAUAAGAUAAUUGAAAAGUCUGUUAAAAUGAAAUCGAGCGAUGAAGUGAUGGAUGGUGUUGUUCGCACCACUACUUCAUCCAUUGACACCUCAGUUGCUGUCACCACAAAUGGUUCCGACGAGAUGUCAACCGUGUGUCCAAACAAUCAGUCAAACGCCACAAAUAGUACAUUAGACUGGAGUGAGGGCUCGACUAACAAAUCGCGAGUCAAUAAACCGAUCGCUAAUAUAAAGCCUUUCACUCAAGAGAACAAUGAAACCAACGGUGACUUAAUGAUGGAAAGACCUAAUGAUAAUCAAUCCGCAGGUGAAGAGCAACAGUCACUGCAGAGUGAAUGCCAUCAUUUGGGUCACGAUAUUGUCGUCACAGAUAAUGAGGCAUCGACUCCAGUGAAUGGCAUUGCGAACAACGCUCGACAAGUCGUCGACAAUAAUAUUGUAAUUAAUAAUAAGAAUAAUAAAAGUAAUAAAAAUGAUAACGAAUUGAACGGAACAAUAAUAUCGACAGCAGUUGGCAGUGAGGGUACAGUCGAUGUCAAGCAGUCUAUAGUUAAUGAUGAAAAUGUUUCGCCAAAUUCAUGUGAUAUUAAUGUCGAUAAUAAUCAUAAUAAGAGUCAAUCAAACGCUGGCAACGAUCGCAUCGCUGACCACUCUAUCACACAGACAACGGUUGAUGUAUUAAAGCCGAGUUAUUUGUUAAACACGGAAAACAACGGCUCGACGAAGAGUCAGCCAAACAGUUCCCUCUGGACGCCAGACGCGAAGAAGAGCAACAACUCGUCCGCCAAUUCUAUGGUCUUUGACUUUCGGGGCAAAGAUGUCAAGUCUAAUCUAGCCAUACAUCCCGUCCCCUUCGGCGCCGCACCCGUCAAGAGAGCCGUACAGAACGGCACGACUGGUGAGGCCGACGACGGCGACGACGAUUGCUAUACCGGUUGUACAGAUACACCGCCGCCGUCUGGCAUUGUCUUCGCCGGUGAAAACGUUAGGGUCGGCAGAGGAGCCAUAUUAUCGAACAGGAAUAAAAAGUUGACACUACAGUUCAACGAUUCGUUGACAAAGACUUUUGAAUACCCAUCGGAAGCGUCUCUAAUGCAAGAGAUGGGUCUCUCGACGACGUCUGGCGACGACUUAAACGGCGAAAACAAAAGUGAAACAAACAAUUCUGUGAUAACAUCGGAGUCUAAUAAUGCAAAUACGAGUUUAACGGCAUUCAAAACCAAUUUAGCGCUCGGAGGUUCACAGGGUAGUUUGGGGUCAUAUAAGCCCACAGUAAUUGAGACACCAUUUGAGUUGGGAGUCUCAUCCAGAGCUCACAAAACAAACUCGACGUCUGAUAUGACCGCAAACGACGACAAUAACCACUCGACGGACACCUCGACGACCACUGAUCUAAUAAAACCCGCCACUCCUGACGAGACCAGCUCUUGGUCUACAUCGUCGACCGCUUCGGACCUAUUAUUUUAAUAAAUCAUGUUUUUAAUACAUUCUUAAUGUUUUAGUCUCAAGAUAUUAAUUGUAAUUCAUAUUUAUUUUUUUAAAUCAACUAAAUAUCAAACACUGAAUAUAUAAAUAAAUAUAUUUUAUUCACAUUUGAAUUUAAAUACCCUAUUCUUAU